GUGCCAUCCCUACUCUCCCCCAGAGCAACACAAAACCCCUUCCUUCCUCAAACCCUCGCUCGCUCACUUGCUCUCCACCGCGGCUGCUCUGCUAGCCUAGGGUUUCGCCGCCACCGCCCCUCACCACCCAUGGCGAGCGGCGGCGGCACCAUCAAGUCCGUGUCCGCCUCGCUCUGGUGGGACUCCUUCGUCGCCCUCUCCGACGACCUCGACCGCGCCGCCGCCACCACCUCCGUCCCGGACGCCCUCGCGAAGCGGAUCAAGGGCCACCGCGCGUGGCUCCGCGGGUCGCUGUCCAUGUUCGGGAAGCCCAACGAGGCGUCGAGGAGCGCGCUGGACGCCUGCGAGGUCUCCGUCGGGGAGCACCGCAUCGCCAUCAAACCGGAGCUCAAGGAGGCUGCGCUUCGCGCGAGCCAGUGCCUGAACUUGGAUGAGGUGCAGUCAUACAUUCUGGUCAAGAGAUCUUCAGAAAUCUCUCCAAUGGUCCAUGAUUCUGAUGCUCAAGAGUUUCUUCGUCUGGUAUCUGUACAAUAUUACCUUGAGCGUCAAUGCUUACUGAAAUGUAUCAGAAGAAUCUUUGUUCUUGGAAAUGAUGGUUCUAAUGCAACUGAGGUCAUUCAAGAAGAAGCCUCACUAUUGAUUAGUGAAGAGAUAGAACGAAAACUGAUUUCCAUCAUUGAAGAUUCUUUUUCAGCUGCAUUUUCUAUUAAAGCGGAAGCAGCAUUUACAGUAUCCUGUCUGGAAGAAACUUUGAUUGAAAUUAACUUGAUUCUCGACAUUUUGUUUCUUGCUUUCUAUGAUAACUUCUCAAGAUGUAAUGGUGAACUGUGGAUAACUUUGUGUUCAAUUUUUAAGGAUAUGCUCUGUGGUUCUUAUGAUGUUGGGAAAUUUGCUAUAUCUAUUGUGGCAAAGAAUUCAUUUCAUUAUGCUAAAGCUCAGCUACUUCUUAUUCUUAUUGAAACUUUGGACUUCGAAAAUCUCCUUCGAAUGAUUCGUGAUGAAGUUCCUUUCAGUGGCGGAUGUUCUGCAUUUUCUAUUGGUGAUAUUCUAGAGAUGGAUGUUGAAAUAUCAAAAUUGUCUGAACUUUCAAUGGUAGAAUUAGGACCACUUAUACUGGCUUGGGCAGUUUUUCUUUGCUUAGUUCUGUCUCUUCCAGGAAGUAAUUCCAACUUGGAAAUUGAUCAUACAUCGUAUGCCCAUCGGGCCCUUGAGUUUGCACCAUUCAAUUAUGUACUAGGAGUUCUUUGCUCCAGCAUCUUCAGGGAGUCAGAUGGUCCUGUUUCUGGUUAUCGAGGUAUAUUGCGAACAUUCAUUUCAGCAUUCAUUGCUUCAUAUGAGAUCUCUUACCAGUCAGAAGACAGUUCUCUUGACAUAAUUUUAAGUAUUGUAUGUGAAGUUUAUGAUGGAGAGGAAUCGCUCUGUAUGCAAUUCUGGGAUAAAGAUAGUUUUGUUGAUGGUCCAAUCAGAUCUGUUCUUCAUAUGGUGGAGAAGGAGUAUCCUUUCCAAAUAUCAAAACUGAUUCGCUUCUUGUCAGCUGUUUGCCAUGGACACUGGCCUGCUCAAUGUGUAUAUAAUUAUCUUGAGAGGAUGAAUGGAGUUACAACAUUGUAUGCCAUCCCUAGUAAUGUUGCUGACAAUGUGAAUCACUCUCAUGAAAUUGAAAAUCACCAUCCAAUCAGUAUUCCUGGUAUCGAAGGUAUUGCAAUUCCCCGUGCAAGCCAUGGUUACAUUUUCAAAGUUCUUGAAGGGGAUGCUGCAUUAGUUCGCUGGGAGUUCCCGCAUUCUGGCGUUUUCUUUUUGCUCGUAACUUUGGCGCAAGAUCUCCAUUCAUGCAAUUAUGAGGAAGCCUCUGUUAUCAUGGACCUACUUUAUCGAAUGGUGUCAUCAAACAAGGACCUGUGCUUUGCUUUGCUGCAUGCUGACAAGUCACUGGCUGUUCAAACAUCAAAGAACUUGGGACAAAUUGAAAAACAUGUCAGGAUUGAUAUUGCCAAAAUAUUUUGCAAUUCCAUUUUCAAAUAUGUGCAAGAUGUUAAGAAUGCCGACAUAUUGUCCAAAACUCUUGGUCUGCUUGCAGAAAUGCUCAAAUGUGCUCCUUAUCAUGUGUUUGACGCGGCAUUUGAGUGCAACAUCUUCACUUCGCAAUUAAAUGGCCCAUCAAGUGAUUGGUUACUUUCUGGUGCACUAGCUAGAAUGAUUUUUGCUGCCUCUGAGGAACUUGGAGAUUGUUCUUCACUUGCAGCUUCAGUGCUUGAUUUUUCCAUUCAGGUUCUUCGGAAAGGAGCCACUGCUGAUGAUAUAAUAUUAGCAUCAAUUGUAUUUUCAGUUCAGUACAUCAUGGUUAAUCAUAUGAACUGGAAAUACAAGAAGUGUAGUCGCUGGAAGACAACCCUUAGGGUGUUUGAAUUGGUGAAAAGCUGUAUUCAAGUCAAACCAUUUGCAUCAAAGCUUGGUGGCAUCAUUUGGGAAAUUCUGCUAUAUGAUUCUUCUGUCCACAGUGUACUUUGGCAGAUUUUGUCUAUGUCAACACUACUACUGGAACACUCUUAUAGCAGCUACUAUCAUGGUCUCAAGGCUAUCGAAGAUAUAGAACUUGUCCUGUGCAGUGGACUUGAUAUUGUAUAUUACAUGCUGUCCAAUUUACCAGAGGUAAAACAAGAUAUACUGCCAAAUCCACCAUUUAUUACCAUGGUUUUGUCAUCUUCACUGAAGCCAUUUUCUUUUGUCACGGCUAUAAUGUCUUUGAUGUCCUUUCAGAAUUCUGAUAUACAAGUAGCUGCUGCUAGAGCAUUCUCAAUAUUGUGUUUCACUGCAUAUAAAUCCCAACCUCAACUGAUGGAAAAUGCCAGCUUUACUGGUGAUGUUUCAGAGAUUCAGAGAUUGCAAGCAAGUAUUUCCCGCAUUCUCGAUGAGGAAGAGAAAACUAAUGAUUGUUUGGCUGUGGCUGUAUUCAACCUUCUGACUUCUGCUGCUCGUUAUCAGCCUGCCCUGCUUACUUCAUUGACUGAGAAGAGUAAUGCUAGACUUAUUGAUCAAUUCUUGGAUUACAUUGUAAGGUCCACCGAGCUCAUGAAUAGAUCUCCUUCUGUGUUACUAAGUGUUCUCGACUUACUGAAGGCAUUAUGGGAAAGUGGUAUUCAGUUUGUACACAUUUUAGAGAAGCUGAGAAGCUCUAUAACAUUCUGGAGUAACUUAUCACAGUGUAUUCGUGCUACCCUUGAGAGCUGUCCUGCUGACAGUGUUGACGCUGUUGAUGAGAAAUUUUCAUUGAGGUACUAUUGUCAGGGUAAAAUUUUUGAGAUCAUGUCACAUGAAUUGUUCUUGCAAGGAAAAUUGCUUGCAGAAACUUCUACUCCUGUCACAGAUGGUUCAAAGGAGCAUAAAGAGCCUACCAAUGCACCUUGUCGAAGCAGUGUUCUCAAAUGGUUUGAUAAUGCUAUUUUGGAAGAUCUGAUCAAUCAUUUGUCAAGUAAUACAUACAAAAAGGAGCUUCUUCAUCGUGCAAAGGUAGCUGCCUGCCUUUGUAUCAUCCACCUAAUAACGAAAUUGUCCACUUGUGACACUGGCAGCUUGUCUUUCUCAAUGAUGAAGAAGGUUCAGACCAUAUCAACGAAAUUGUCGCAACACCAUGCAUUCUUAGCUCUCCUGUCACAAUAUUCCCUGCAUGGAUACAGUGGUGAACAAGAACUUACCAAUUUGGUCAUCAAUGAUCUUUACUAUCAUAUACAUGGAGAACUCGAAAGCCGUCAGAUUACCUCUGGUCCUUUUCAGGAGCUGCUUAGUUUCCUUCUCGAGUUCAAAGUUUUUGAACACAAUCCUUGGAAGCAACUACAGACCACUUACCCAGUGGCUAAUGACAAUUUUUUGUUCGAUGUUCCACACAUACGUGACGAGCUUGGAGUUGAUCUUUGGACUCAUUCUGACUGGAAGACCUCUAAAGAAGUAGCUGAAAAAAUGCUGGAUAUUAUGCGUAAAGCAAAUCUGAUGAAGUGUUAUGCCGACGCAAAGCUUUCCACAUUGAGGUCUUUUGUGACAUUUUUAUCUGUCUACACUGGAGCAAGUUCCAACAAGAACUUGGACUUACCUGAUGGAGGGAUUUCAGUAACAACCACACGAUCGGCGGUUAGAUGUGCAUGCAAAUCAUUCGAGUCAACUGUUGAUUCAUUACUUCCUCAAGUUGAUACAAAUGAGGUUUUGUUUCCCCUCUUGUCUGGGCAAGUGGAAUUAUUGCUUACUCUAGCCAGGAUGUUAUUUCAUCAAUCAAAGAAAAAUAAGAACACAAGUAAUCGCUAUUCAGAUGCUGUACUUCUAAUGAAAACUUCAGGUGCCAGCACAUCUUUUUUAGUUGAUCUCAUGUCAUCCAGUCAUUCUCUUAAGCAACCAGUGAAAACCCUCCUUGUUCUGCUUUUGUCUUCAUAUGAGUUCAUUUACAACAAGGAUGACAUGAAAUAUCCAUCAGAUGAUGCCAACUUGUUUGGUGAAUUAUCCCUUUUAAGCGUGAGUUUGUUACCUGUACUGUGCAAAUUGGCAGAGAAUAGGGAAUGUUCUGAUCUUGCUGUUGUGUCAAUGGACUUAAUAUUGAAGGGCUUUGUACCGUCUAAUGUAUGGGUGCCUAUUCUGCAAAAGCAUUUUCAUCUCCGGUCUAUACUGCAUAAAUGCCAGAAUGGGGGUUUAUUGUCUUCUCAAGUUAUACUGAAUUUCCUCUUAACCUUGGGGCGAACAAAGGAUGGUGCAAAAAUUCUUCAGUCUGCCAAUAUUUUUGCUUUCUUAAAGGUACUUUUGAGUCAGUUGUCUCUGGAUGACUCCUGUUUGAGAAAUUCCUUGAGUGCCGAAGCAAAGGAUGUGAAUCUGUGGGGUUUGGGUCUUGCUAUUGUUGCAUCGCUGAACCAUUGUUUGGAUGAUGACAUUUCUCAUAACAAUGUUGCGAAUAGUACUAUCAGCUUUCUUUCAGGACAGGUGCCGUUGAUGUCAUCUUUUCUAUCUGCACAGAGUGUUACUGCUCAUCAGAGCAAGAAAAGGGCACUGUUGCAAAAGUCACAGACAUCACUUUCAGCCCUCAGUCUUACUGAGAAUAUUCUCAUACUUCUCUGUAUUUUGGAAAAAUAUCAUUUUCCACGGGACACAGGAAUGAAGGAAGUAGACUCAGAACUAGGAGAGAUUAUUAUCCACCUACUUGCAUUUGUAAGCAAAGGAAGUGUAAAGACUGGAGAUUCCUCUAACCGGAACUUGUCUUUCUUUUGCCCUGCUAUUGCUAAAGAGGAAGUAGCACUGAAUGAGAAGCCACCAGUCAUUCGGAGCAAAUAUGGAUGGUUCAAAUUUGCCUCAAGUAGUACUUUGUCAACUACAGGUGUUUCAGUCCCUUCCAGUGCAGCGUUAUCCCUAGCGAUCAUAGAUAGAAGUUCAGGAGAUUCUGAUCCUAUAAGGCAAACACGUUUUACUGAGAUGUUAGCUGUUCAGAUUUAUAGAAUUGCUUUUCUUAUUAUGAAGUUCCUCUGUAGUCGAGCAAAAGAGGCAGUAAAAAGGGCAGAAGAGCUGGAGUUUCUUGACCUUGCUCAUUUUCCUGAGCUUCCCAUGCCAGAUAUUCUUCACGGUCUACAGGAUCAAGUGGUUUCUAUUGUCACCGAAGUAUUAGAGGCAAAUGGGUCAAGCACUCUAAAUCCUGAAACAGAGAGGGUAUGCCACCUCCUCCUGGUGAUACUUGAAACAUCACUUUACAUGGAACUAUGUGUAUCCCAAUCAUGUGGCAUCAGGCCAGUACUGGGUCGGUUUGAAGAUUUCUGCAAGGGAAUUAAGGCUAUGCUUCAAGCUAUAGAGAAACAUUCCAGUUUUAAACCACUGGUCAGGUCGCUAACUGAAAUUACUACUCUUCUGUAUCCUGGGCUUGUGCAAAGUAACAUUCUCCUGUAAUUCUUGUAAAUUGUCUCUGUUAGUCAAAUGUGUUGGCUAACUUCCACUGAUGGAAUUGCAUACUCAGUUAACUUAUCCUCUCAAAAUUGGCCAUUAUAUUGAGUGGAUGUAACGUGCGUGAGCUAGGAGUUGAGCCUUGUACAUGUUUCAGUGUACUAUACUUACAUGUUCUAUGGGUGGAAAAUGGAUAGGAGAGAAUCAUUUUAGGCAUAGUUUUUGUCAGAAAAAAAGGAGUUGCAAUUUGUAGUUGACAUCACGCUGGGAGAUGUUACAAUAUUUGUACUACUAUGAUUGUUGGACAUGUUGCAAGGUAGGUUCAAAUUAGGAUCGGAUUAGUUCUGUAGUAA